AUGGCCCCGGCUGGUGCGCUUCUUCGGAGGUCCCUCAAAGCCUACCAAGUCUACGGCGCCAACACAGAUGUCGGCAAAACCAUCUUCACCACCCUCUUAUGCAAGGCUUGUCAGAAGUUCCGCCCUGGAGAGGACGUGUCAUUCUUGAAGCCUGUGUCGACAGGCCCGCAGGAAGAGGCUGACGAUUGGUGUUCUCAUAUCAAUACAUAUGUGCCUGGCGUAGCUACGAAAACUCUCUUCCAAUUUGAAGAUCCCGUCAGCCCCCACCUCGCGGCGGCCACAUCAAAACAGGCGACCCCGAGCGAUCAUGUAGUCCUCCAAAGCAUCCGCCGCCAUGUUUCGGACAGAGCUUCAUCCCAGCCCGGUUGGCUAUUUCUGGAGACUGCUGGCGGUGUCCACUCCCCGGGCCCAUCUGGGACUACGCAAGCGGAUCUCUACGCUCCUCUUCGUUUACCCGUAGUCUUGAUUGGUGACUCCAAGCUUGGGGGCAUCUCUCAAACGAUUGCAGCAUUCGAAUCGUUGAGAAUCCGUGGCUAUGAUGUUGAAACUGUUCUUCUUUUCCAAGAUAGUCACUAUGAUAACCACACCUACCUUUCACAGUACUUUGCCGGAGAACACGGAAUUCCACUACAAGCAUUCCAACCACCUCCCCGCAGGUCCGAUCGCCAAUCAGACGUCAGGGCCAUGUCAGCUUAUUACGAGACCGAGACUGAGACGGAACAGGCUCCAGACCUCGUAGACCGCCUGGAACGGAGCCACCAGACACGUAUCAAGACCAUCGAGACUAUGGCGGGUGACGCAUAUAGAACAAUAUGGUACCCGUUUACGCAACACGGUCGACUUUCCCCCAGCCGCAUCACGACCAUCACCUCGGCCCACGGCGACUACUUCCAGACUUUGGUCCCCGAUAGCGAAAAUCAGCCGCCCGGAGACUCCCUUCUCCAACCGUCUUUUGACGCUUCUGCUUCGUGGUGGACCCAAGGUCUUGGCCACGCCAAUCCCAAGCUCACGCUCGCCGCAUCUUACGCUGCCGGCCGCUACGGCCACGUCAUGUUUGCCGAAGCCAUCCAUGAGCCAGCGCUUAAGCUUGCCCAGACGCUCCUAGGCGUGCUACAAAAUCCCAGACUGUCCCGCGUCUUUUACUCCGAUAACGGUAGCACCGGGAUGGAGGUUGCGGUCAAGAUGGGCUUGAGGGCGACACGUCAGAGGUAUAAUAUUGAUAAUGCUACCAAGCUUCAAGUCCUCGGACUCAAGGGGAGCUACCACGGGGACACGAUGGGUGCUAUGGACUCCACCGAGCCGUCGGUUUUCAACGAGAAGGUGGAGUGGUACGAUGGGAAAGGAUACUGGGACCCUCUUUUCCAGCGCGCGCUCAUAGAUGUGGUUCGCACGUUUCCCGAGCUCCUCCACACUAGACACACUGUAGAUGCAAGCAGUCAAGGUCCAUCCGUUUGGACUGGCUUGCCCGUUAUAUUUGACGAAGUCUUUACGGGCCUCGGCCGCCUUGGUCCACUAGCGAGUGCCUCGUUCUUGGGUGCUCAUCCCGACAUUUCCGUCCACGCCAAACUGCUGACUGGUGGUUUGGUCCCACUGUGUGCCACGGCGGCCUCCGAGAGCGUAUUCGAGGCGUUCAACAGCCAGCAUAAAACCGAUGCUCUCCUUCACGGCCACAGUUACACAGCUCAUCCUGUGGGGUGCCAAGUGGCGCUCGAAUCUGUGAAUACGCUGCAGAAUCUCGACUCGAAGGGCGCAUGGGAUUGGGCCAAGCAGGGGUGGGAACAACGUCCAGCAGAUAGGCCCUCUUCCGGAGCCAAGGCCGCAGACAGUCUCCCGCAUGUGUGGUCUGUUUGGUCAAAUAAAUUUGUGACCCAGAUCUCCGCACACGAAAGGGUCGAGGGCGUUUGGGCCCUAGGCUCGGUGUUGGCCGUUCACAUGAAAGAUGCCGAGGCAUCUGGGUACACGAGCAACUCGGCCGCGCAAGUGCAGCAAGAGCUCCUUGCUGGAGAAAUUGAGCAAGGGGAUUCCUGGAAUGUGCAUAGCAGAGUUUUAGGCAACGUGCUCUACAUCAUGACGGGGCAGAUGACUGAUGAGGUAGAUGUUCAACGGUUACAAAAGCUGUUGGCGCGGGCACUCGGGUAG